AUGAGUGACAAAGUAUUACCGAAAGACUGGAUAUUGAAUGACGAGGAACGGGAACUCAAAAAGCUUAAGAUAUUAGCAAACAAAAAACGGAGGGAUAGUAAUCAAUACAAUAAUAUUAGCGAUGAAAGUACAAAAUCAUUGAUAGACUCAUCACCGGAAACAUCGCACGGAAACUACAUCUCAAACACCAAUAAUAACACAAAUAAUGAUAUUUUAUGCGAAAUACUUGAUGACAACAACAUUAGUGCCGAUGCCCUUAGCGAGCAAAUUAUGGAUAUAGAGAGCACUAUAACUUCACAAACGGGUUAUAAUGUGUCAAACGAGACGAUUGAAAAGGCCGUCGGGUUUGCUGUUUCAGUGAUACCUAUCGCGCGACCUCUAAGUGAAUGCAACACUGGUUUCAAUGAAAGGGAAACUUAUUUAUUGAAUGAAUUGAUAACAACUGCCCGGUGUAUGGUCACUCCGUUUAGCAGUAACAUCAAAGGCCUGGACAAUAUGUAUGACUUUCAUCAGACUUUUGCCACCAAAUUUGACAGAUGUAUCAGAAAUAUAACAAAAUUCGUGAAAGGGUUGUCCGCAUUCAGGGAUAUCUACUGUGAGGACCAGAUCUCACUACUGAAGUACGGGUGCUUUGAAGUCAUAUUCUUGAGGUCUAUCAGGUGUUUUGAUUACACGGAUAAUGUGCUCAAAAUUCCAAUGGACCCGGAUAACCAAAUUAUGUCAUCAAUAACUUUGUUCAAUCCGGACAUUCCCAACCUUGCUAAUAGAGAUGUUAUCAAAGAGGCUCAGAGGAAGAAUACGAUGGAAGACACGCCAAAGACAUUGAUUCCGCCACUACUCCAAGAGAUCUUAGAUAUCGCACCUUGCAUUGUUUAG